UACUUUGUUUUUGAUUUUGGGUAUAAAUGUUGAUGAUCCCCCAUAUAGUGUUCAACACAAUCAAUCAAAGCAUAGAGUUGAGAGUGAGUUAUUAGAAGUAAUUAUGGAGUUAUGGAUGAGAUUGUUCCUUCUAUUCUUUCUUUUUCAUAUUUCAUCCACUCAUUCCUUAUGCAACCCUUAUGACAGUUUUCUCUUGCAGGAGUUCGGUAACUCUCUUACUAUUGAUAAGCCUACUAUUUAUAAUGAUAGUUAUUAUCCAAAGACAACAACAUGGAAAAAUGAGUCAGAUUGUUGCUCUUGGGUUGGAGUGACCUGCCACCCCAUCUCCGGUCAUGUGAUUGGCCUUGACCUUUCCUGCAGCGGGCUUUAUGGCAAAAUCCAUCCAAACAGUACUCUUUUCCAUCUUUCCCAUCUCCAAUCACUUAACCUUGCUUUCAACGAUUUCGAUGAAUCUCAUUUUUCAUUUCACUUUGGUGGGUUUGCCAGCCUCACCUACCUAAACUUAUCUGCUUCUUACUUCCAAGGUCAAAUUCCUUUACAAAUCUCACACCUUUCCAAAUUAGCCUCCCUCGAUCUUUCAGAUAAUCCUUAUUUAAGGUGGAAAGAAGACAGUUGGAAGAGACUACUCCAAAAUGCAACACAUCUAACGGAACUUGUUUUGGAUUAUACAGACAUGUCUUCAAUUUCGAUUAAGAUUCUCAAUUUGUCUUCCUCUUUACUCACUCUCAGUCUUCACAAUACUCAGCUAACAAAAAACUUGACAGGUGGUAUCUUUUGUUUACCAAAUCUUCAAUACCUGUAUCUUUCAUAUAAUUUCUACCAUCAAAGCCAGCUUCCAAAUAUUUGUAGCACUACUUCUCUUAAUAUCUUAGAUCUUUCAUUUUCCCACUUCCAAGGCUCAAUCCCUCCAUCCUUCUCUAACCUCUCACAUCUUACUUCACUGGACCUCUCAUUUAACUCUCUUGUGGAUUCAAUCCCAUCCUCACUCCUAACCCUUCCACGUCUCUCUUUUCUCAGUCUCUAUGAUAGCCAUCUCAGUGGUGAAAUCCCAAAUGUCUUUCCACAGGCAAACAAAUUUAAAGAAUUGCAUUUCAAAGGUAACAACUUAGGAGGUGAGCUGCCAUCAACACUUUCAAAUCUUCAACAUCUCACUCUCUUGGAUCUUUCAGGAAAUAAAUUGAGUGGUCAGAUCCCAGACGUGUUUGUCGGGCUAACCAAAUUGACUUCUCUCGAUCUGUCAAAUAACAAUUUUGAAGGAAAAAUCCCAUCUUCAUUGUUUGGCUUAACUCAACUUUCUGAACUGAAAUUUUCUUAUAAUAACUUAGAGGGUCCUUUGCCCAACAAAAUAUCGGGAUUUUCAAGUCUAGUUAGCUUAUCAUUUGAUAACAACUUGCUGAAUGGGUCCAUUCCUUCAUGGUGUUUAUCUUUGCCAUCUUUGGUGAAUUUAGAUCUAUCAGAAAAUAAGUUCACAGGGCUUAUCAGUGCAAACUUAUCAUAUUCCUUGAACUAUCUAUUUUUGUCCUACAACAACUUACAAGGUAAUAUACCAGAAACAAUUUUCAACCUUGUAAAUCUUACUGAAUUAGAUCUAUCAUCCAACAACUUAAGUGGACAUGUUCACUUUCCACUUUUCUCUAAGCUUCCAAAUUUGGAACAUCUUCUCCUUUCCCAUAAUGAUCAAUUAUCCCUAAAUUUUGAAUCCAAUGUCAACUAUACUUUAUCCUGGUUAAUCACAUUGGACUUGUCUUCUGUGAGUUUAAUUGAAUUUCCGAAUUUAGCAGGAAAAGUACCAGCCUUACUAUAUCUCUAUCUAUCCAAUAACAAAAUUGAUGGAAGAGUUCCCCAUUGGUUACCCAAGAUUACCUCAUUAUAUUUAUUGGACCUCUCUCACAACCAAUUGGAACAAUCACUGGACCAAUUUUCAUGGAACCAACAACUCCAAUAUCUUGAUUUUAGUUUUAACAAAAUCUCUGGUGUCAUCUCUUCCUCAAUUUGCAAUGCAAGUUCAAUUCAGUAUAUUAACUUGUCUCACAACAUGUUGACGGGCACCAUUCCACAAUGCCUUGCUAACUCAUCAUCAUACCUUAAAGUUUUGGAUCUACAACAGAACAAACUUCAUGGCACUUUGCCAAGUAGAUUUCCAGAUAAUUGUCGGCUCAAUAUUCUGAAUCUCAAUGACAACCAAUUAAAAGGUUCUUUGCCAGAAUCUUUAUGCAAUUGCAUUACUCUGGAGGCUUUAGAUCUUGCCAACAAUGAACUAGAGGAUACCUUUCCCCAUUGGCUUACCGGUCUGCAAGAUUUGAGAUUAUUGGUUUUGCGAGGCAAUAACUUUCAUGGCCCCAUUGAAAAUUUAAAGACCAAACAUGGAUUUGUGAGUUUAGUUAUACUUGAUAUCUCUUCCAACAACUUCAGCGGCCCAAUACCAAAGGUCUACAUAAAAAAGUUUGAAGCCAUGAAGAAUGUUUUUCAAGGUGACAAUGAGGAAUACAUUGGAACUUAUGAUGGAUAUUUUCCAAAAGUAAAAACUGACUAUUUGACUACAACAACAAAAUCCAUUGUUGUGACAAUGGAGAAAAUUCGGAGAGACUUCGUAAGCAUUGAUUUAUCAAAAAACAGAUUUGUGGGAGAGAUUCCAGAUGUGAUUGGAAAGCUUCGUGCUCUUAGGGCGCUCAACCUUUCUCAUAACAUGCUUAGUAGUCCUAUUCCCCAAUCCAUGGGAAAUUUGACAAACUUAGAAUCAUUGGAUCUGUCCUCAAAUAUGCUUACCGGUAUGAUUCCUACAGAACUAACCAAUUUGAACUUUCUGGAAGUUUUGAAUCUUUCCAAUAACCAUAUUGUGGGAGAAAUACCUGAAGGAAAACAAUUCAAUACAUUUUCCAAUGAUUCCUAUGAGGGAAACUCAGGGUUAUGUGGACUCCCAUUGACAAAAAAAUGCAGAAAGGAGCCUGAAGAACAUUCUCCAACUUCAUUGCCCUUCAAGAGAGAAGAUGGAUUUGGAUUUGGAUGGAAAGCGGUGGCUCUGGGAUAUGGAUGUGGAAUGGUAUUUGGAAUGGGAAUGGGAUGUUGUGUGUUUUUAAUAGGAAAGCCUCAAUGGCUUGUGAGAAUGGUUGCAUGACUUGGGAUUGUCUUCUUUUAAAUUCAAUUAUGCCUUCAUGGUAAACAAAAUAAUCAAAGGCAAGAACCUUAUCACUUUGCACUGCAUGGGAUAUUUUAUUCAAAGUUUAGUUUUAAUAUGAAUGUGUUGUAUGUACUUACUGAUAUUUUUUAAUCCAAAGUUUAAUUGUAAUACUAUAGUGUUGUAUUGUAUCUUA